CACGACUCACCUUUGCCACACUGCUGGAAAUACCGUAUGCGAAAACCUAUAAAAAAGUGCUUUUGGAUUCAAAAAAACUAUGUCGGCAAAAAAUGCCGCCUGCUCUAUGAGGAAAUGCCCACUGUGGCGCAGUGGCUUUUUCGAACUAGUGGAGUUGACCCAAUGGUCAAAAAGUGCUGAUCGCGCCUUUGGACGAUCUCUCUCAAAGAAGAGCAGCGCGAUCUCAGAACUGCAACAAAGGAUUAACAGUAUUAGAUUUUCGUAGGAGGGAGAAUUCAUAGAUUCAAUUAAUGUGUCACUGGAAGAAACGCUGUCGAGAAGGCGCUGUUUGCCUGCAGCUGAGUUAUGAUUAACACUUCGUAACAAUUCAGCUGAGCAGCUGUUUAAAAUUAUAAAGCAAUAUCAUCGUCCAUGCCAAGAAAAUACGUCAAUAACAUGUUUCUAUGAUCCAAAUACUUAUAUGUGUUUAUGUGAUCAGAGAAAACAUACAACACUGUGUUACAAUUAUGACUUUGAUUAUGACAAAUGUUAUUUUUGUUUAAAUGAAGGCCGAUGUUUUUUUGGAAAUAAAGAGACUAAUCUCAGUGAUUUCAUCUGUCGUUGUCCAUUAUGUAAGUUGAGGUCUUUUACUGAUCCUUCAUAUAUGUUACUGCCAAUAUUUAUUUUAGGCCAUUAUGGUUCAAUUUGUCAAUAUCGUACUGAUCAAUUUGGUUUUUCGUUAGAAAUUUUGUUGAUUAUGGAUAAUUCAAAUAAAUUUGUUCAAACAACUGUUGACGAAUACGACGAUGAUGAACAAAAUAGUGCACUACUAUCAAGAAUCAUUCAAUUCAAGAGAGAAUCAGUUGUAUAUUUGUUAGCUUCUGGUUUGAUGAUGUUGACAGGUUUAGUCAGUAACACAUUUUCAAUAAUUACAUUAAUUCAACCGUCAAUUCAACGUUCAACUAUUAUUUGGUUUAUUAUUUUAACAUCCAUUACAAGUCAACUAACUCUUACGUUUUUAUUUACCCAAGUACUAUAUGUCAUUCUCAAUCAAUAUUCUAUAAUACAUAAUUCAUUAAUAAAUGUUAUUAUGUGUAAAUCAUCUUCGUAUUUAUUAGAAACAUGUAGUUAUAUAAGUAAAUGGUCAAUUGGCGUCUUGUCAAUAAAUCGAACAGAAACGACAAAAAGUAUGAAAAUAUCAACAGCUCGUAGUAAGAAAAAUAUUAAAUUUACAAGUGAAGAUAAACAAAAAUUAAUAUUGUAUGGAGUAAUCAUAAUUCUAGUGUCAGCAAGUACGGUUACGGAUAUUUCAUUUCAUAGAAUAAUUUCUGACCGUCAAAAUAACAAUCAGGAUAUAUGUAUAAUGGAAUAUUCGUCAAGUGUAUGGAAAACAUUUGAUACUAUCGUUUUAUUUAUUCAUCAACUUGUACCGUUUAUGUUUAAUGUUUAUGCUACUGGUAUAAUACUUUUAAUGGCGGCACGAAAGGACACUUGGAAACAUACAUAG